ACUGAACCACUACACCAACCUGGCUCUUAGAUACUUUAAAGAGUAGCUCCACAGAAAGCACAUUGUAGCAGCCAUUCAUGAUAUAAUAAGAGUGACUUAAAAGGUUCCCUUAAACCAAGCUCCCUACUAUUAACUAUGAAAUUGGUUUCCUAUAUCAGGUCCAGCCCUGCUUACCUUUUUCAAAAUCCGCUAGAUUCUACUCCCUGCUGAAGUUUGAAGAACAGGUAACUAUCAGCCCAUAAAUUGUUGGCCCAGUGGGUGGAAAUGGAUUCUUUGCUAUUGUGGCCCUCUGGAUUCUAGGAAUCCAAUAAGAGGUGAGGAUUGAGGGGCCUUCCCAAGCUAUGAAAAAGUAAUCUCAUUCAGCCCUGGUUUCCUAUUGGAUCUCCAUUUGAUUUUUUUGUAGCCUAUCAUCAAGCUUAGUGAAUGAUGAAUAAUGACUGCUUGCUUAGAGUUAAAGAAGGAUAAAGUAGAGCUAGGUGUCACCAAUAUAUUGAUGGCACCCACUCCAGUGUUCCAGAUACCUUUAUUGAAGCAUUGUACAGCAGAAGUGUCAAACAUGUAACCCACAACACUCCCAGGUGUGGCCCAGAUCAGAUUAAAAUGCAACUGGGUGAUAUUUAGGAAAAUAAAAUAAAAAUACAACAAAAUAGCAAUAAUAUUACAUUUUGAAGCUCAAUAAGAAUAAAUAUAAUGACCAAUCACCCAAACUCCAGGCUUGUGACUCAGGAAAUGUCCUGCAUAAACUUGCUUCCUAAGCUAAAUUGCAGCAGAAAGGAUAGGGCUAAUGAGAUAUGAGAUAUCCAAGCAGGCAAAGGAGGUCAUGGAUAAUUGGAAAGAAGCAGUUCACACUAAAUUGGACGUUGCAUUACUCAAACUCACACUAAUUGUGACCUCUCUGUACUUUUGUCCCAGAUGACUGGCAGGCAGGCAGCCCUGCACGGUUAGGUGACCUGCUCCGGUCUACAGUGUUUCCAGUGCCUGAAGGAAUACCUCUCUCCAAAACAGCAGGUUGCCGGUUACCAUGACCAUGAGGAGUUUGUUCUCGAAUCCCAGCCAUUAUGUCGAAACUUUUCAAGUCUUCCUCAAGAAGUCAACCGAACAUCAGUGCAUGCAGGACUUCAUUGAUAAGAAGCUGCCCCAGUUAAUAUCCAGCAUCAGUAAUGGAAAAACUGAAAUCAACGUUCUAAGCGUUGGUGGUGGUUCAGGAGAAAUUGACCUUGAGAUUCUUGCAAGAUUACAGUCGGAAUAUCCUGGAGUGAUCAUUCAUACUGAUGUGAUAGAACCAAAUGCAGAACAAAUAAACAGUUAUAAAGAAUGUGUUGCAAAGGCAUCAGAUCUCAAGAACAUAAAGUUCACUUGGCACAAGGAGACAUCCCUGGAAUAUGAAAAUCGAUUUAUGGACAGCAAAGAGAUGGGAAAAUGGAAUUUCAUCCAUAUGAUCCAGAUGCUGUAUUAUGUAAAAGACAUGCGAGCUACCAUUAGGUUCUUUCAUGGCCUCUUGGAACCUGGGGCCAAACUCCUCAUUAUUCUUGUUUCAGGACGCAGUGGCUGGGCCAAGUUGUGGAGGAAAUACGGUCAUCAUUUACCUCCGAAUGAUCUUUGUUUAUAUAUUUCUUCUGCUGAUGUUGAAGAGAUGCUUGAUGGUUCUGGACUGAAAUAUCAGUCUUACGAGCUUCCAUCAGACAUGGACAUUACAGAUUGCUUUAAUGAAGGGAGCAAAACUGGCGAACUUUUGCUUGAUUUUUUGACAGAAACCUACAAUUUCAGUAAAACUGCCCCUCUUGAUCUAAAAAAUGAACUCAUUGAAGAUCUUAAAAAGCCUGAAUACAGUGAAAGGAGAGGUGACAAGUAUUUUUUUAAUAACACCUUGAGCGCAAUAAUGAUUGAACAUUAAAAUGGAGAGACUUACUUACAUACCUAAUAUCACUAUGAACUUGUUUAAUAUUUUAAUAACUGACUUGUAUGUGAAACCUGAGACAGAUACAGACAGAAAUACUCAAGUGAGAUAUAGUAUUUUGUGCCUUGCAUUAGAAUUGUUAAGAGUAUAGAUAUGUGUUUGCAAUGUUGCAGAGGGACACCUUAUUAAUAAAUUAAAACUUACCUUAUUGGGCUGCCUAUCAUUAUUCCUAUGUGAAGGUCCUAUGUUGAGAUGAUGAAUCAGAUCUUGAAAAGGCAAAAGUCUAUAUUCAUCUGGUUUAUCAAGAAGGUAUGGUUGAUUCAUUCAUACAUCUGAUGAAAAAGUGCCUCAAUGUCUUUCAA